AAUAACGGCGAAUAUUUCAAUCGUUAUCUUUAUAGGUCGACCAUUUUUACCAUUUUAUUAUCGGAUUUGUUCAAAACUAUACGAACAAGAAAUUUCCAGUUGUAAGAUAAGUCGGCUUUUGAAAUAUGGAGGUUUCUGGAAAAAAACUUCGUAAAUAUUGUAAACCUUGUGAGCAACGUAAGGUAUCGAAAUACUCUGAUGGUUUUUGUUCACAAUGUGAAGAAGAAAUGUGUCAAAGAUGUUUUGAUACACAUAAACAAUGGAAGCUAUUUCGGGAGCAUAGACUAGCUGCAUCUGUUGCGACAGAAUCUAAUAAAGGUAAAACACCAACGUUUGAUAAUUGUACUAAACAUCUAAACGAGCCUAUUAAAUUUUUCUGCCCCGAACAUGGCCAAGUUGGUUGCGGAGAUUGUAUGGUAAUUUCGCAUAAAACGUGUAAAGUAGAGUAUAUACUUGAACACAUCGAUGGAUAUAAAGACGGUAAACAGUUCAAAAUGUUGAAGAAGGACAUAGAGACAUAUGACAAUGAAGCAAAAUCUCUAUUAGGAAGCAUCAGGCGCAACAAGAACCAUGUAGAAGAUGUCAACAAAAAGUUUGCUCUUGACGUGAAAUUGUUUAGGGAUGAAAUUAUUUCACAGAUCACAAAACUCGCCGAUGCCAUGCUUAAAUAUGGAGAUGAUAUCAUGGCAGCAGACAUGAAAAAGAUCGAAAAUCUAGAAAAAGAAAAUAAAAGCCUAGUUGAUGAAACAAAUGGUAUGAGAGACACAUUACAAUCAGAAGCUGAUCAGCCUUACAAAUUGUUCAUCAGUUCCUUGUCAUACAGACAAAAUCUCCAUCUCGUCCGAGACCAGCUAGAAAGAAUCAAAGCGAACAAUACGAUCGAAUCGUACGACUUCAUGCCUGACUGUAAUCUCGAACAGUUGAUGAAAACUUGUAAACAACUAGGAGUGUUACAUAAGCCAAACGAAUCUGGAGCAGUAUUUAGAGAAGAAUCAAUAAAAGCAAGCAAAGCAACACCAGUGGCAAAGGCUCUAUGUUUACCAAAAGAUCAACCGUUGCUGGACAGACAACUUGUUUGCAAAAACCUAAUCAUUGACGGAUACUUUAUCAGUUAUGCUGAAAAAGCAAAAGGCGACCUUGGUUUAUUUAUUGACAAAAAAACAGUUAAACUUUUUGACAGUUUUGAAAUCGAGGUUAUGAGCAUUGGUACAGACGGAGGUAUAG